AUGGCGCCCAAAAAAGAUAAAGGUCCUGGAUUACCAGAUGAAAACGCUUGGAAAAUAGACAUUCAAGAAGCACCUUUAGAUGAAGAAAAUUUUACGGUUAAAGUCAUAAUGCUUGAAGCUGCUGGUAGCGAACAAGAACGGAUUUAUCUGAAUAAAUUUGAAACAUUUGCUGCUGAAGAGAAACGUUUUGUAAUAAAAAAUAUUUGUAAAAGCGAGACAAUAUUUAUGAUAAAUCAGUUAGGCGCAGAGAAAAAAGUUAAAGACGAUAGUCUUAGAAUUUUUGAAGAAGCUCAAUCGUAUCUUAAAGAAAAGAAAGUCAUUCCGGCAGAUGUAUUAUCAUUAGUAAUUAAACAUCUUAUAAUGAAAAUGAAAGAAGAGUAUCUUUAUAUUCGACGUCAAAGACUUGAAGUUAAGUAUGGCAUGCAAAAAGAAUCUGUGACGAUGCUUGAUCAUGGUGAAGUUAAAGGCACGACAACUCCAAGAUUGCCCUUAGAGGUUGGUCGCAGUAGAAGCCGAAUGAAAGACAUCGACGGUGGAACUGCACAUGAUGGUCGUGCGGACAAUAAAAAAUACAAUACCCAACUUAGACUAAGGGGUGAGGAAUGGAGAGAUAAAGUAUACGUUGAUGAUUAUCCUAUUGACGGACCUAACAUUUAUGUUGCUGUGACGGGAUUUGUAGACCCUUAUCUACCAUCGUGUUUAGUUAAAGCUGGCAUACCGUUGACAGCAAUAGUUCAAAUAAAAAUAGAUCCAUCGAACACUUCAAUACCAUCAAGUUUGUUACGAUCCACAAAAAGAGGUAUGAGUGCCACUGAAUUAUUAACUGAAAAAUCUAUGAAAUUUUGGGAAGAUUUACAGUUAUUGCGAAUUCGAAGAGAAACUGUUGACGAUUUUAAACAAACAGCUUUUAUCGUAUUUUCUCCUCCGUAUUGGAAUUCAGAAAAUCUGUCUGGAAGUCCCGAUAAAAUAUAUGACGAACUGUGUUAUUUAAUGUACGACAUUCAAGAUCUAUCUAGACAACAUGUUCAUUACAAAGAGAACAUGCACAUCAUUAAUAUACCAAUUGAAGUUGGCGAUGCGCAUCUCAAUAGACAAUAUGCACAACGAAUUGCUGACUUACCCCUAGAAUGCGUAACGAUAUACUCAUUAUUAGAUGCUAUUCUUCAAACAGCAUGCAGUUCUGAGGACUAUGAUGAUGAUGCUAGUAGAAGUUCUUUAUCAACGGCUGCUACUAUAAAUCCUCAUUACUAUCAUAACAGACAUUUGACAGAAGAACAUAAGCUUGAUAUGUCUGAACAUCUAGUAAAGAAUCUUUUUAACACCCUAUGUAACACGGAGGCCACCAAAAAAACGUAUCGCCUAACGUAUGGACAAGAGUAUGAAGAUCAAAAAGAUCCAAUUGUAAUAGACUAUGGAGAUUUCGUCAAAUAUAACACAUUUCAUUUAGGAAAUAUAAAUUUGGAUAAUAUUGUCUACGCCUCUUUGCUUGGUAUGCCUAUUAACAAUUUAUGGAGGAAUCAAAGUCGACCAGCAGGUGAACACGAGGCCAAAAUAAAUUUUCAUGUUAAUGUUUUAUUAUCGUGUUUUGACAGAGAGGAUGUUGAAACAGCUGAGUUGAAUAGACUUCUUAAUAUACUAGCUUGCCGCAAAUUGUAUAACCAUCGAAGUUCAUUAAAGAAGCGGCAUUUACCAACGACUACUAUAACAGAGUUUAAAAAGACUUAUUUAAAGCGUAGUCUUGUUGCUGAACCUCUGCUGGCAUGUCCUUCUUUAGCUGCUAGUGGCCAUAAUCUGUCGCCAUCUUUCCCGUCUAUGACAAAAAGCGAAAAUGACUAUGAAUGCGCAUAUUCUCAAGAUGACCUUGAUCCCGAGGCCCGUAGAUUAAAAUACCUUUUUGAUUGUCCAGAUAUAAGUGGAUUAGUAACAGCUGCUGAAAUCGAAAAUAACCGACCUAUUUCCAAGCGCAAUAUUAUUGACGAUUACGAUUUUUUUGAAGAUCUUUCUGGAACCUGCGCUUUUCAAAUUUUACGUGACGCAUUUAAUAAAUUUAACUGUGUUGAUUAUAAAUAUUGUGAGGUGACCGAUUGUUUUAUACUCAUGUUUUUCAAUAGUCACGACAAGGAAGGUAUCGCACGUGAAGAAUGGCGAUGUCACAUAACGACGCCUCUUUGCUUGCAAGAUUUUUUUGAUUUUAUUUUAGAUGAGCAUUGUGACUGGAUACAAAACGAAGAGAAAAUUUAUGACGAAAAUCUAUUAUCGAAGGCUAAAUCAGUAUCUAAAGAUGAGAUUGAUUCUCAUGCGUUAAAAUCAUGCUUGAAAACUACUGAUGUUGAAAUGGAAUUGUUAAUUGAUGGAUCAAUAAAACAUGAUACAUUAAAAAAAGAAAGCAGUCCCCAAGACGGCGCAGAAUCUUCGGAUCCUUUAUUAAAAAAAUCGAACUCACCGGAUUCCGUUGAUAUGGUUUCAAAAAGUAGUAAAAAGGUUAAAUCAGAUUCCUCACAACGAACUGUUGAACAUUUGCAUCAUGGAAAUGCCGAAUUUCAAAGCCCUGUUAAUAAACCCAAAAAACCUUUCUUAGGUUACGACUUGGGAGAUAGGAGAGUCGAAGUUUUUGGUAAAGACGCUGUAUUUUUUUCUAAAGACGGUACUAAAGUAACAAGUUUGUAUACUUUGCUGAUACCAAAUAAUUUAGAAUACUUAAUGCUAAAUAUUAUACCUGGAAAUAAUGACAAUGAGUUUUGGUUACACAAAGCUUUAGGGGAUUAUGUCCUACCAAGCAUCAAAGAUACUUGUGACUCGUUUAGAAUAACAAGUAAAGAUCAAGUUAUGAUGUAUUUCAAAAAGCAAUUAUAUUGUGUCCCAAUAACACCAAAUAAUACUGAAGACACGCCACCUGCUGAUAAAAAACGGUCAGCAAUUGAUAAAAUGAGUUCCAUGUUUGUGCAAAUGAAUGAAACUAAAUAUUACCACUCUCUUUAUGUUACUUGGCCUAAUGGCUUAAUCACAGAAACAGUAUACCAAGAAAACUCACCUAUACUUUCACAUAUCAAACUAUACCAUACUUGUCGAAUUCCUCAUCUCGAUGAGGAAAUGCGAUGUAUUAGUUUAAAUGGUGAAGUAAUUAUUUUCAAAGAAUCGGGUGAAAUUGAAGUGCUUAAGCCAGAUGGAACUUACAUUAAAUUAUUGAAAUAUGAGAAAAAACUGGUCCCUCCUCCUGACCAGCCACCACAAAUGCAUGAAUCAGAGAAGAGUAAGAAAAAAAGUAAAACUAAAGUAAGCAAAGCCUCAUCAAAAUCUUCGAAAACAUUGCACGAUGAUAAUAAUAAACCAGUAGAAGAUAAAUCACCAGAGUAUGAAAUUAUAAUAAAUGAUUAUGAAAUCAUAGAACCCACAGGUUUGAGACAAAGGUGGGUUAAUGAUGUUUCCUAUAACAUAGAAAAACUACUGAUUCGCACGGCAACCGAUUACUGUUUGGGAGAAGUUUUUUCCAGACGCAUGGACGGGACAAAUAUUUUGGUUAACAAAGAAGGUGUCCAAAUUGUUACAUUUCCUGACAAAACAAGAAUAAUUACAUAUUACAUAAUAGACGAGGAAGAAGUCUAUCCAGAAUGGGCAGAUGUAGAAAUGGAAUAUUUUGAAAUGUUUGAUUCUGAAACGGUCCAAGACGGCAAGUCUAAAGCGUCAGAUUCGCAAAAAAGUAGUACAGCUACAUACACAAAGGAAAGCGAAUCAACAUAUUCAAAGAAAAUUGACGAAGAACAGUCAAAAAAUAUAGAACGAACAGAUGGUUACGUUUUGGUUCAUAUUGUAUACUCAGUAGAACAUCAAAAUUUUAGUACUAUCACAAUUAAUAAUGUUUCUGGAACAGUAUCUGUGGAUUCGCCAAACCAAACAACAGUGGUGGUGAAUAAAAACAAUCACUACGAAAUCAAAUUACACAGAACGUCAGCUAAUUUUGAUGGUGAAUUUUUAAAUAUAUCUUACGAAGCGUGUUCCGAAUGCAGUGCAUUCACACACUGCAACGUAAAAGUAAUGGCUAAACCUGAAGAUACCACGACAAAUGAUGAUUUAAAAGAUGAACCAAUUUGGUUGAAAAUGACUGAUUCCUUUAAGGUUCAAAUAGUAGUAGAUGAAGAAGGUGCUAUCAGCAUUUCAGAUGAACCAACAAUUUCUCAGGCCGGAGAACGGGCGGAAAAUUUGCCGAAUGAUGAGGAGAUAUUAACAAAACCCACCGAUGAUAAAGAUCCUGAUGUGAAAUCUGAAAGUUCUGUGGUUUCUCACGGAAAGUGCAGAGAGAUGUACUUAGCUAAAAAAUUCAGAUUUUUUGUCCUGAAACGGUAG